UGGUCUUCGCUAACGACCGGUUCGCCAACACCUUAGGUCGUACCGCUAACUUCCGGUUUACGGCCAACCUACUGCUUGGAGUUCUGGGAAACAAAAUGGCGUUCGAACAUUACCAGCGGGAUGAAUGCGUCGAAGGUAAAACGAAUUGAUUGGUAGAUACUUGAGCGUAAGAAGUUAGCGAACUUGGACGACCUAAAACGUUACCGAACUGGCCGUUUGCAAAACCAACUGCUUGUUUCUUUUCGGCCUCUUAACGUAAACAACUGUGAUGAACAAUCCGUGAUGUUGAUGUGGAGAUUUUUGAAAGGCCCUGAAGUUACGCUGUGCCGCUGGUUAGAUGCUAGAAUCGAUUGAAAUUUACUACUACUGCUACUACGACAUCCGAAACUAAACCCAACAUGUCACGGUGCUCAGAAAGGGCAGUCGACAAGUUCGAGUGAAUGCCUCGCGCGUCAGUCACUCAUUAAAUUUAUAUUCUGUCAUUCAAUACAAAGAGAACUGUAGAUCGUGGCCUUCAUGUGGGGAAACCACGAUGGUGACUGUCAUAACAGACAAGCUAAAAAAUCAAUCGCUUGAGGACCUCCCCAGCGAUGAACCCGAGAUAAAUGCAUUACAGCUCCGAGCCAUCUCUUCCCGGAAUAACCACGUUUCAGAAUGUCCUAUCGCUCACUGUCUGCGUAGAGAUGUACGACAGAUAUUUGGUCAUUCAAGGACGCGAAGUUAUCCUUCUCAUCGACCCGGACGAACAUACUGCAAUAACUGCUCUGUGACCGAUUCAUCAGCUAUGCACAGUACCACUCAGCCACCCGCAAAUAAGAAAUUAUGUUCUUCUCUGUCGCUGCCGGGGAGUACAGAGGUACAAUCGUUGUGGGCUCCGCGAGCUUCCGCGGUAUGGCAACCUGUAGAAAACUGCGGGAAAAAACCACGAUCGGUAUCAUGCCCGGACGACAAAUUUAAAUUGGCCGAGCUGCUGUGGAUAAACAACGAAGUGGAAUCUAUAUCAACACCUCCUGCCUCGCCAACACCAAGACCUGCUUCAGCAGAUGCUACCCUUGGGGAAAAACACCUUUUUAUGAAAAACGAAAGUCCAAAAUCUGAUCCUACUGGGAGUAAGAUUAACGAGAAUAGAGACUUGAACUUUAACUGGAAACCGAAUCUGUCAGGUUUGCACAGAAGCCGUUCUCAACCCUGUUUCGAUCGCAGGAAAAGUGGUGUAAAAAGAAGAAUUGAAGACGAUUUCGACUCACACAGACCUGCCUUAGACUUGGAGAAAAUGGAAGAGACGUCCUAUUUUCGUUGCCAGAACAGAAAAAAAGGACUACGGAUACCAAAAUACAUGAAUAAAAAGUGUUCAAGGGAAUUAACAAGCUACUUUACUGAGUCUGAGAACUUCACGCUGAAACCAAUCACCUCUUCGCCUCUGUACGCUUCAGUCAGUAGUGUUAUGAUAACCCCGACUUCAUCGCCAACAAAACAGCUGGAUUCCGAGAUCGAAAUCAUUGAAGACCUCAAAGGACAAAACAAGUUAUCAGACCUACAGAAUGACGGAUUACACAAUUUAAACCCCAAAGCUCAGGACGAAGGAAUCUUUCCUAUAGAUUGCAAUUCCGACCUUGAUUUGAAUUCUAUCGAAGACGAUCUUUUUUUAGAAGAGAUGUAACUUUGGGAUGUGAAGUAUUUUAAACUUUUAAAGUUUGUAAAUGAAAUCUACGUGGACACUUUCAAAACAAACAUUAAUUUAUUAACUUGUAUUUAGAUCCCGGAGUUUUAUAAUCUCCGUGAAUAUAUCCAUGUAGAA